AUGGGUUCCAUCGAAAAUGAGGUAGUUCUAGAUGCCCUGAUUGUAGGCGCAGGCUUUGGCGGCGUCUACCAACUCAAGAACCUCCGUGAUCGUGGCUACAACGUCAAGCUCGUUGAUUUCGCAUCAGACUUCGGAGGUGUCUGGUACUGGAACCGAUACCCUGGCGCACGAGUCGACAGCACCGUUCCACACUACGAGUUCUCUGACCCCAGCCUCUGGAAAGACUGGACAUGGAAGCAACGCUUCCCGGGUAGCGAAGAGCUACGAGAAUACUUCGCCUACGUAGCCGACAAAUGGGAUCUCCGAAAAGACACCGAAUUCAACACAUUCAUCUCCAAGGCCGUCUUCCACGAACAAAUCAACAUGUGGCACAUAACCAGCAAGACCGGCAAAGUCUACCACGCCCGCUACUUCCUUCUCAACAUUGGCUUUUCAGCAAAGCGACACACGCCAGACUGGAAGGGCAUCGAGAAGUUCAAGGGCACAUGGGUUCACCCUUCCUUCUGGCCAAAGGAGGAACCAGACCUCCGCGGCAAGAAAGUCGCCGUCAUUGGCACCGGCGCAACAGGCCUCCAACUCUCCCAAGAACUCAGCAAAGUAGCCGAGGAAUUCGUCCUCUUCCAACGAACACCCAACCUUGCCCUCCCAAUGAAACAAGUCAACUACACAGGAAAAGACCAACCACCUCCCCGAGAGACCUACCCAGCUCUCUUCGCCGGCCGCCGCGACAGCUUCGCCGGCUUCAACUUCAACUUCACCCCCCGCUCAACCUUCAGCGACACCCCAGAAGAACGCCAAAAGGUCUACCAAGCCCUCUGGGACCACGGCGACUUCCACUACUACCUCGCCAACUACGAGGACAUGCUCUUCGACAAAGCAGCAAACAAAGAAGCCUACGACUUCUGGAAAGCCAAAGUCCGCUCCCGCAUCAACGACGCCUCCCUCCACGAACUCCUAGCCCCAACCAUCCAACCCCACAGCUUCGGCUGCAAGCGCGUCUCGCUGGAAAACGGCUUCUACGAAAUCUUCAACCAGCCCAACGUAAAGCUCGUCGACGUGAAAAGCACCCCCAUCGUCGAAGUCACGGAAUCCGGCAUCCGCACCUCCGAGAAAGAAUGGGAGCUCGACUACAUCGUCUGCGCUACUGGCUUCGACGCCUUGACCGGCGGUCUACUGCAGAUCGAUAUCACGGGGAAGGACGGUCAGUCUUUAUCCGAUAAGUGGAAGAAUGGAACUAAGACUUACCUCGGUAUGGCCGUUUCUGGGUUCCCGAAUAUGUUCUAUACGUAUGGGCCUCAGGCGCCGACGGCGUUGUGUAAUGGGCCGACUUGUGCGGAGUAUCAGGGGGAUUUCGUUAUUGGGGUUAUGGAUUAUAUGAGGGAGAAGGGGUUGAGGUGUAUUGGGGCUAGGGGGGAGGAGGAGGAUGCUUGGGUUGAGUUGGUGAGGAAGUUUGCUUAUGCUUCUUUGUUGCCUGGGACUGACUCGUGGUAUAUGGGGACGAAUAUUCCUGGGAAGGUGAGGGAGCCGCUUAUUUACUUGGGUGGUGUGCCGAAUUAUUAUAAGGCGCUGGAGAAGUCGAGGGAAGGCGGUUUUGCGGAAUUUGAUCUCUCUUAG